CUGGUGGCUAUGGAGGAAGCCGCACUUCGACAUCACCAUGGUCCUCGGAGCCGCCGCCGGCCCAGCUAGACAUCAGUGUUAUCCGAGAAGAGUCCUCUGCAUCACUUGCGCCGUCUGUUGAUGCGCGGUCCAAGUCUGGGAUGAGUAGGAGUGUCAAUCAGAGUAGUUCCAAUCAGGAGGAAGAUCCGCUCGUCACCUUCAGGUUCGCAUAUAAGGAAGACGAGGAUGGACACCAUGUUGUCGUAGGUAGAGAAGGGCAACUCCUGAAAUGCGAGGACGAGCCAAUACGAACCCCUGGGGCAGUACAAGGUUUUGGCGUGUUGAUGGUCUUACAAGAAGAUGAAGAAUCAGGAUAUUUAUCGGUACGCCAGGUAUCCGAGAACGCGCCUGAAAUUCUCGGUCUAACCCCGAAAUACUUGUUCUCCCUGAAUUGCUUGACUGAGGCGCUGCCUGACCCACAAGCAGAUUUGCUCUGGGAUAACAUUCAGUAUUUGAACGACCCUGAUCCGGAGUGUGAAGGUCAGGAUGACUCACCACAUGUUUUCCUCGUCACCGGUUGGGGUGAGCCAGGGAGUGCACUGCCGGACGAGGAGACGUCCGAUCCUCAGAAGCGGCGGUCGUGGACAUGCUGUACCACUAAUCGCGCCAAGCCGUUGUUGGCACUGGAGAGACUACGAAGAAUGAGUCGAGCCACCGGGUCAUCUUUGUUACCUGAUCGGGGCUCAGGUCGUGGCCGACGAGGGGGUCGGCGUGGUGGCGGAUCAGGCGCGGUGGGUAUGAUGGAUGUAUUCUCUGUCAUGGCCCAGAUCAACGAGCAGCUCGGGGCUGCGCCGGAUCUGGAUACCUUCCUCAAGGUCGUCGUAGGUGUGAUCAAGGAUCUGACACAGUUCCAUCGCGUGCUCGUGUACCAAUUCGACGAGUCCUGGAAUGGACAGACGGUGGCUGAGCUGGUGGAUUGGAACAAAUCCCAUGAUUUAUACAAGGGUUUGCAUUUCCCCGCGUCAGACAUCCCUGCGCAGGCACGGCAACUAUAUGCGAUAAACAAAGUGCGCCUGCUUUACGAUCGGUCACAGAGCACGGCGAGGUUGGUGGCAAAGAGCAAAUCCGAUCUCGAACCACCUCUGAAUAUGACACAUUGCUACCUUCGUGCGAUGAGUCCGAUCCACCUGGAAUAUCUGCGUAAUAUGGGUGUCCGGGCAUCGAUGUCAAUAUCGAUCAUGGCUUUCGACAAUCUCUGGGGCCUUGUCGCCUGCCACUCUUACGGGAAUACGGGUAUGCGCGUGUCUUUCCCAGUCAGGCAAAUGUUGCGGCUCCUGAGCCAGUCAAUAUCGCGCAAUCUCGAGCGACUUAGCUACGCUCAAAGGCUUCAUACGCGGAAACUGAUUAAUACAAUAUCAUCUGAGCAACACCCUAGCGGUUACAUUGUAUCAAAUGCGGACGAUCUCCUUGGUUUGUUCGAUGCGGAUUUCGGUAUGCUGGUCAUAGGUGAGGGUGCCAAGAUCCUAGGUCCGAAUCAGCAUAGUCAAGAGAUCCUCAUCAUGGCGGAGUACCUGAGACUUAAGCAGUUCACAACCAUGCAGGUCUCGCACAUCGUCACGAAGGAUUACCCGGACCUUCAACUUACCAUGGGCCUAGAGGUUAUUGCCGGCCUUCUAUAUGUCCCGCUAUCCAGCGGUGGCAAGGACUUCAUCGCCUUCUUACGCAAGGGACAGCCACGUAAAAUACACUGGGCGGGUAAACCCUACAAAGACAAUGCUGAGUCGAGGGCAACACUUGAGCCGCGGAAAUCGUUCAAGGUUUGGUCUGAAACGGUUGCUGGGCGCUGUCGCCAGUGGACCGAUGAGCAGCUGGAAACCGCGAGCGUACUGGCUCUGGUAUAUGGCAAGUUUAUCGAAGUCUGGCGGCAGAAAGAGAAUGCGCUCCAUACGACCAAACUUACUGAAAUCCUAUUAUCCAAUGCUAGCCAUGAAGUUCGCACGCCAUUGAAUCAUAUCAUCAAUUACCUGGAAAUGGCCCUCAAUGGCCCCCUUGAUCUGGAGACACGAGACAAUCUCAGUCGCUCACACGCCGCAUCCAAGAGUCUCCUCCUUACGAUCAACGAUCUUUUGGAUCUGACACGGCUUGAGAGUGGCAAUGAGACAUCUUUCAGCGAACCGUUCAAUAUCCGAGCAGCCAUCGAGGAAGCCGUUCAACUGUAUAGGAACGAGGCUAGCAGACGCAAUAUUGACUUUAUCCUCGAGAUCGAUCUAUCAGAACAUCAGACUAUGGUGGUUGGAGAUGCAAAGAAGAUCAAGAGUGCCGUUGCUAAUCUAACAGCCAACGCUCUGAAAUUCACCACCGAGGGUUCCGUGAUGAUUAGCUGUCGCGCGUUCAAAGAACCCGAAGGUCUCCGUGAUCCAAAACAGGUGGCGAUCGAGAUUAUAGUCGCGGAUACUGGCUGCGGUAUAUCUUCCGAGAAACUGAACAGCCUGUUCCGCGAAUUCGAACAAGUCGAAGUGGCGGCUCCGAAGGCGCCGCAGGGUCUUGGCUUGGGUCUUGCUGUCGUGGCUAGGAUUGUUGAACAACUCGGCGGCCAGCUUCGCGUGGAUUCCAAAGUGGGAGAAGGAAGCCGGUUUUCUUUCCUGAUACCCUUCGAGUUGUACCCUGCCGGUGGUUCCGUGGCUUCGGGAUCGACAGGCUCAUCCCUCAGGUCCCUGCGAUCUCGAGCAACCAGUCCUGGUGAGCCCUCCCGCGAUAUUGAAAAUUUGGUGCAAGCCAUUGCUUCGACCCAGCUCUCGGUUCAUCCAUCACCCCCCGUUCACGGUCCCGGUCCCGCUGGCGCUUGCGAAAUUAAUCCAUUCUUCCCUCCCGGAGAGGGAGUAGUCAAACCACCCACCCCGCCGCGGUCGGAAGAAGGAAAAGGGACCAGUGCGCCUUAUGUGACUACGCCGCCUUGUGUGCAGCCCGCGAAGAUUGAGGCUGAUGGGCUAGAUCGAGAAGUGACUGCCAAGCGUUCGGGCCGCGCUAAAAGGGCCUCUGCGGGUAAUGCAGACGGGAGUGGGUCAUCAGCCCCUUUGAGAGUACUCAUAGUCGAAGAUGACGAUAUAAAUCGGACCAUUCUGGCGAAGCGCCUAACGCUGGAUGGGCAUAUCGUGGUCAACACCACGAAUGGCCAAGAGUGCGUCGAUAUGAUUGAAACGGAUAUCGAUUUCGAUUGCAUCUUGAUGGAUGUGCAAAUGCCUAUUCUGAAUGGUUUUGAAGCUACAAAGCGAAUUCGCGAAUUUGAACAGGGGCUUUCACCCCUCCAGCGUCCAUCCCUGUCGUCGCGGCAAUCGCAUCAACUUAAUGGUCGUGUGCCGAUAUUUGCGGUUUCUGCCUCGCUGAUGGAAAGCCAACGGCCCACUAUGGUCAAGUUGGGCAUCGACGGGUGGAUACUGAAGCCCAUUGACUUCAAACGACUGAAAACUAUUUUGAAGGGCGUGACCGACCUGCAGCAGCGAGCAGCUGAUAUCUACAAGCCAGGCUGUAACUGGGAGACGGGCGGCUGGCUCUCGAUACCACCAAAGACCGAUCGGGGCGAUCGGCGGUAAUCAUGUCGGAGGCUAUUCUAUUGCGACCUAUGCACGGUUCGCCUGUACUAUGUUAUUCGUCAUUGUCUGCUUUUUGUUUGUCUGCUCUCCAUCAGUGGUGGUUCGGAGCUGUGAAUCGUAUUUAUCUAUCUUCUAGACGGUUGCAUUCCGGCACCUCUUACUUCAUUCACGUGUAUUUCUAUUCAUCCCCACAACACUCUGUAUCCACUAGAGGUUCCAUACACGCGUGGUUUUGGCAUAGUACAUUAAGCAUUUACCGCCGUCGGUUUCGUAGUGCGUAGUACUAGUGUACGCUGUCACCUGCACGCGGAUUGCCUGUCCCGCACAACGUUGAUCAGCCCCUCCCCACAAACGGCAUCCCCGUUGCCAUGAUCAUGAACUGGAGGACCUGGACCUCGUUGGGCAGGGACGCGAUGUGCACGACGGCGUCGGCGACG